AUGCUGAGUUGUUGUAACACAGAAACAUUCCCGAACCAGCUACACAUUUGUAAGUUCGUGCAAGGACCGCAUCACAUCACGUGCUUAGAAGGAGUUUAUGAGAGAAUGGGUCUCGUGGCCAAGUGGUUAGCGUGUCCGUCUACCACUCCCACGACCCGGGUUCGAAUUCUGCAGUUUCUACAGGUUCAUCCGGGUAGCCGACUCCCGAUCAACCCAGCCGUCCAUCCUUUCGAGGUUGGUAAAUGGGUAAACGACGUAAGUUGUCGCAUGUUGGCCGGCGAGAUGGCUCAGUGGUUCAAAUGCUCGCUGAGUCAAACAUCUCAAUGGCUAUCAUAUACUCAGUGUAUAUGA